AUGCAUCAUUUCGGAUUUCUUUGUGCGUUCCUCGCUUCCGUCGCUGGCGCGAUGCCUUUGGAAGAAAACCCAUUCCCAGGUGCCACCAAGUGGACUCCCAACCAACAAAUCCAAUCUGACGAGGUCAUCGUCCCCGUGAAGGGUGCUUCCUACGUCGUUAAGAAGGAAGCCUACCUUGCCAAGCUCAAGGCCGAGGGUAUCAAGAUUGGUGCUCCCGAGCUCGACCCGUCCUGGAUAUCUUACAACGGCACUGACCUCCCCAAGUCUGAGAACACCAAAUUCUCAAAAAGCGACCUGGGAAAGAGAGCCGACUGCGACGGUACCUUCUAUAUCAUUACUGACAGGGUUGAAACCUUCGUCGAUUGGGACGUACAGAUGUCGCCCGUCAUCUGCGCCGUCGGCGACAUGGACAUCAGUGUCUCCUCAGGCUACAGCGUUGCCAACACUGUUGGAGGUAGUGCAGGAGUCGACCUCACGUUCAUCAAAGAUCGCCUGGGUGCGUCUCUUGGCAUUGACUACAGCCGCACCUGGACCACGCAGACGUCGGUAAUCACCAAGGCCACUAUCAAGAACGGCCAGUGUGGUGUUAUGAUCACCAAGCCUCUCACCACUCGUCGCUCGGGUCGUCAGUUCCGUGGCUGCAUUGGAUCUGCUACGGAGGUUGGUACUUGGUAUACCGAUAGCCGCAACGAAGGAAGCUAUAAUGGUAUCACCUGGAUUGAAGGAGCAAUCUCCGCCUGUGCCAAGCCAGGAAACAACCCUCCUUUGUCUCGCUGCAACGGACAAGGAAACUUCCGUUAA